AUGUUUAUUUACUGCAUUUCAUUUCAGAGGACACCACACAAGGACAUGGAAAAGGAAAAUGCAACAUUGCUGACAGAGUUUGUUCUCACAGGACUUACACAUCAACCAGAGUGGAAAAUCUCCCUGUUCCUUAUAUUCUUGGUGAUAUAUCUCGUCACUGUCACCGGGAACCUCGGUCUGAUUGCUCUCAUCUGGAAUGACCCUCACCUUCACAUCCCCAUGUACUUAUUCCUCAGGAAUUUAGCCUUUGUGGACACUUGGAUAUCUUCCACCGUGACCCCCAAUAUGCUGCUCAACUUCUUAGCUGAAAGUCAGAUGAUGUCUUUUUCUGAGUGCAAGAUCCAGUUUUUUUCCUUUGCACUCAGUGCAACCACAGAAUGUUUUCUCUUGGCAACAAUGGCGUAUGAUCGCUAUGUGGCCAUAUGCAAACCUUUACUCUACCCAGUGAUUAUGAACAACGCACUGUGCAUCCGGCUAGUAGUCUUAUCUUUUGUAGGUGGCUUUCUUCAUGCCAUAAUUCAUGUGGGUUUUUUAUUCAGAUUAACUUUCUGUCACUCCAACAUAAUACAUCACUUCUACUGUGAUAUCAUCCCAUUGUAUAAAAUUUCCUCUAUCCUUUCUAUGGGGAAAAUCUUAUAG